CCCCCUCCAUGGCCGGGGGGACCCCCGGCCCCUCGGGGGAGGCGCUGGGGCUGCAGGUGGAUUAUUGGGGGGGGGUCGCCCCCCCCGAGCGGCGGCGGGGGGAGGGGGAGCGGCGCGAGGGGGGGGGUCCCAAGAGCAGCCUGAGGGGCACCUUCCGCUCGCUGCUGGUGACGCGGCUGCCGCCCCCCGGGGACCCCCCCGGAACCACCCUGGCCAUGACCCUGGUCAGCCGCGAGAAGAACAAGAAGGUUCCCGCCCUGUUCAAGCGGCCCCGCGAGCCCGACCGGAGCCGGGGGGUCGAGGGGAUCACGCGGCUGAUCUGCGCCCCCCGCCCCCCGCCCGCGCUGCUCAGCGGUGCGUGGGGGAGGGGCACCCAUGGGGGAGGGGCACCCAUGG